AAUUCUGCGGUAGUCUUGAAAAAAAAGUGAAGCAUUCAGUGAUUACCUUGUUUGUUUGUGUUACAGUUGAAUUUUGUGUUGGGUAGUUUGAGAUCGAUUUUACACAUUAAAAAAAAUUGAUUCAAAAUUCCACCUAAUAAAAUAUAGGUAACCUUAUUCGUGAUAAAACUAAACAGAACCAGUGACACUAUAGUUGCAUCAAAAAGGUAUUUGUGGCAGUAUGGAAAACCAGUGUUUACUCGAUGGUAAAUCUAAAUCAUGGAGAUAUAAAAUUACUGUGGAGCCUACCCUUUUAUUGUAUACAGUUGGAGCCACAAUUUCUCAAAAUUUGCAAUUGAAUUUACUUCUGGAUAAAUCUUGUCGAGUGUACAAUGUCGAAGGUGGUUUUUGCGAAACAGAAAUGAACUCGGAAGUAACAGUUUCCCAAAUCAACACAUGGAAAUUAUUCUUCAGCACUAUUUUCGUAGUAUUUUUCACCAGUCUGACCGGACCAAUUAUCGAUAAAAAUCCUAAAACCAUACCCUUCAUUUUGAUGAUACCCAUUCUGGGUCAAUUGUUCAACGAUAUAGGAAAUUAUUUCAGCGUAUACUUUUGGAGCUGGCAUAUUUGGGUGAAUUGUGUUUUAGAUGCUGUGCUGGUGGGAUUCACUGGAUCGACCUUUGGAUUUACGUUGGUUUGCCUUUCGUACUUGUCGUAUACGUCGAGUACACAAGAACGAACUGUGAGGAUAGGAUUUUUAUACUUUUGUCUGGCUUUUGCGCUCAGUUUAGGGUAUUUUUGCUCGGGAUACGUUGUGCAAUGGUUGGGGUAUUAUUAUGGAUUUGGGCUGUGUUGGUUUUUGUACGUUUCUGCGAUUUUGAUAGGAAUGAGAACCAUAGAAGAUGUAGACAUUUCACCAGAAAAGCAAACAGAAGAUGUUACAAUUUUUCAGACAAUACAGCAAAAUUUUACAGUUUUAACCAAAGAACGAGAAAAUAGCAAGCAAACGGUUAUUAUUUUAUGCUUGUUUGUUUUCCCUUUAGUAUUGGGGUAUCCAGUAGGGGAACUAUCCGUAUUAUAUUUAUUUCUACGCCGUCGAUUUGCUUGGGAUGCUACGGAAUAUGGAGUGUACAUGUCAUUCAAAAUGAUCGUCAAAUCUUGCGGAGCUUUAUUGUGUACAGAAAUCCUGAAACGGAGACUUCGAUUGCAUGAUGCUACUAUCGGUGCUAUCGGAUGUGCUUUACAACUGACGAUGUCUAUUUUUUGGUUAAUGAUUUAUUACUCGUGGCAGGUUUACGCAGUCACAAUAAUGGGAGCAUUUGAAAUAGGUAUCGUGGCUGUUCUAACUUCGCUAGCUUCAAAAUGUGUCAAACCUCAUGAGUAUGGUCGACUGUCUUCCUUAUUUGGAUUUACUCAUAUCAUUACUCCGGUGGUUUAUCCUUUGUACAAUAUGGUGUAUGAAAGUUCAAUUUACACAUUCCCCAGUUCAUUCUUUUUGAUCACUAUUUCAUUGACAGCACCGUGUGUUCUAAUUUUUUGCAUUUUGCGUUAUUUUGGCGAGAAAAUGCGUGAAAAAGAAUUGCUACCAGAAUGAGAUCAUGUUUUAUAUUUUUAUAAUUUUUUUAAAUCAUGAGAUUUUGUAUUGUAGGUAUUUAGGUAAGUACAUAAAAAUGUGAAAUACCAUUAAA